AUGAUGCUGCCAUAUUUUGCAGUCAAAGUUACCGUCACGUCUGACGAUGUCGCCAAGCUGUCUGUGAAGAUGUCUGAGGAGAUGGCAGCGCUUUCUAACAAGAUGGAGAAACUGGGCGGGAAGAUGGAGUUGUCAUUCAGCAAGAUGGAACGGAACCAGGAUUCAAUGGCCAAGUCAGCCGGACCUACAGGAAAACGGAGAGCCAUGGGACCGACUGGUCAUGUGUCUAUCGGGCCUCUUGGGCCUACGGAAGAAAAGAGAGCCACGGGGCCGGCUGGUCCCGUGUCCGUCGGGCCUCCUGGACCAACAGGGGAUAGUGGGGCCAUGGGACCGGCCGGUCCUGUGUCUGUCGGGCCUUUUGGUCCUACAGGACAAAAGGGAGCCAUGGGGCCGGCCGGUCCUGUGUCUGUCGGGCCUUUCGGUCCUACAGGAGAAUUGGGAGCUAUGGGACCGGCCGGUCCUGUGUCUGUCGGGCCUUUUGGUCCUACAGGACAAAAGGGAGCCAUGGGACCGGCUGACCCCGUGUCUGUCGGGCCUCCUGAAUCUACGGCUCCGGGAGAUGAGGGAGCCAUGGUGCCUCCAGGACCUCCAGGACAAAAGGGGCUUCAAGGGCCGCCUGAUCAGCCAAUAACACGCCGUUUGGUGGACUCUGCUACAGGGUCUACAACCCAGUAA